AGAUGCUAACUUUUUUGUGAUGUGGAACACCUUCUUACUCAGGCGAAUUCUCACCGGUCACCCGAGAAUCUUACGCUCAAGGGAAGUAAUAUCAUCACUGUGUUUGAUUGGUCGGAACUCGGCAUCCUUCGCGCCCUGUAGAAACCUUUGGAGAUGUGUUCGUUUUCCUUGCCUUCAGGGCUCGAAGAAGGCUGGUUUCUGGUUGCGGACCUUUGGUAUGUUCCCGUUCAUUAUUAUAACCAUUAUUGUUACUAUUUUGCAGCUUCUGGACGUCCGCAUAAACCUACAGACCUACCUCCUCCGGACCGCACCACCAAAUUCUUGGUGUUAACUUUUUCCCUGUUCUCUUUCGUUCUAUUCAAUUAUUCAUUGUCGUUGGUUCUAGUUCGUCUACCAAUCCCUGUUUCCUACACUACCUUCUUGAAAUUACUGGAGCGAGGAGAGGUUUCGGACAUUACAGUCGACAUCCUUGAACCAGUUGCCAGUGUGAAAUUAAGUAGUCCUAACCCUGGCACUGUACAGAGGCUACUGAAAGUGUAUUUCCAUGAACUUCGAGGGGAUUUCGAGCAAAGCAUUCGUGCGCAUGAAAACGCAUGGGGAAUCCCCGAGAAUGAUCGUGUACCUAUAUGCUAUGGAGAUGCGCUUGCUGAUGCGCUUCCGGAUAUAUCGUCAGUGCUGUGCGUGUUCGUAACUGGCUUUAUGACCAUAGCUUCUUUCCGGAGGCUGUUGUCAUACACGGUGCUGAGGCGCAGGAACCUAUUGACGUCGGGUCAACGAAAUGGAAAGGGAACGGCAACGAAGUCUGAACAGGAAGCUCAAGAUGCAGCUCGGAAACGUAAAGCAACUGAGCAAAAUGAUAGUGAUCGCUAUUAUGGUGGCCUACCGUUUUCUUUGGACCCAUUCGGCUUCCAGACAGUCAAGCCUGUCACAACGAACGUUAAGUUCAAGGAUGUCGCCGGUCUUCACGCGAGUAAGGAGGAAGUCAUGGAGUUUGUUUCCUAUCUGAAAGACCCGAAAAAAUACCAAGCACUUGGAGCCAAGUUGCCAAAAGGAGCGCUUUUACUAGGCCCUCCCGGGACUGGAAAGACUCUACUGGUCAAAGCGUUGGCCAACGAAGCUGAUGUUCCGUUUUUCUCUAUGGCCGGAUCAGAGUUUGUCGAAGUGAUUGGUGGGUUGGGUGCUUCCCGGAUUCGCCGGCUGUUUCGAACUGCGAGAACCAAAGCACCUGCCAUAAUCUUUAUUGAUGAACUGGAUUCACUUGGCCGCCGACGAUCGGCGGUGGAUUCCGGAGGGCGCCGUGGUGGUUCACAAGGAGGCAUGGGACCAGGUAUAGCCGAGAUGGAACAGACAUUGAAUCAGUUGUUGGUAGAAAUGGAUGGUAUGGAUACGGAGGAGGGUGUUAUUGUGUUUGCUGCUACCAACCGGGCUGACCUUUUGGAUAAGGCACUUCUGAGAGCCGGUCGCUUCGAUCGUCAUAUUUUCAUUGAUCUUCCGAAUUUGGCCGAGCGGAAGGAAUUAUUAGAAAUGUAUAUUGCUAAAUAUCGGAUAUCAACAGAAAUCAACCAGGUUGAGCUGAUCAACCGCUUGGCAUCCUGGACCCCAGGUAUGAGUGGAGCUGAUAUCGCACGACUUUGCAACGAGGCCGCACUUGUCGCGGCCAGGCGUGAUGACGUAACGCCAGGGGUCACUCGCAAUGACUUUGAGGUUGCUUUCGAACGAAUUCUUGCUGGAGCAGCAAAAAAAUCCAAUCCCCUCUCACCACCAGAACGACGCGUAGCAGCUGUUCAAGAAGCGGGACGUGCUUUAGUUGCCUGGCUCCUUCCCCGAACAGGCUUAGUUCCCAUCAAGAUAUCCAUUGUACCUCGGACAAUGGCUGGGGAAGAGUCAUCCGGUGGGCUGGGAUUCACUCAUUUGGUGCCAGAGGAACGACGACUGUUCAACACGGAAGAACUCAAAGAUCGAAUGGCGGUGCUUCUGGGCGGCAGAGCCGCAGAACAAGUUAUUUUCAACGCUGUGUCCGAUGCCUCUCAGCGCUAUCUCAAGGCAGCCAGUGACUUGGCCUUCAGACAGAUUCGCGAAUGGGGUCUAUCGAAAACGAUUGGACACCUAAGCUUUGAGAUGAUCGAAUUGGAAGCACAGCAAAUGGUGUCUGCGUCUUUCACUCGUUGCGUCGAUCUCCUUCAGGCUAACAAAGACAAAUUGCACCGUUUAAUUGCAUCUUUGCUCCAGAAGGAAGUGUUGGAAUACGAUGAACUAGUAAAAAUCUGUCAGGAUACCUCUUCGGACUCCACCCAUUCACCAGAUGAUGCGAAGCACUAA